AUGGGGUGCCAAUGCCGGAGGGCCGUGGAGGAGCACGGAGGUCUGAAGAGAGGGCAGCUCAGCGAGAAGCCAUCAGAGAGCACAUCCAGACUUUCACCUGCAGAGCCAGUCAUUAUGCGCGCAGAGGAGAAGAAAACUUCGGAGUUGUGCGUCAUCGUGGUCGUGGUGCAGGUCAGAGAAAAGAAGACGUCCAUCUUUACACAUGGUUAG